AUGGUCGAGCAACAGCAGGCCAAGAUUGUGCUAAUAGGAGAUAGGCCUUCUAAAUUCCAUUCCAGUGGCCGUUCUAGUUUGUCUUUUGGAAUGGAACAUUGCGUCUGUUUUGUGUAUGAAGUAAGAUAUGUAUUUAAAGCUGGAGCUUUGGACUCUUCCCUGUAUUACAUGAAAGUCGGGGGUAUAGGUACGCUCAUGGGUGGGGGCAGAGGUGGAAGCCCUAUGUAUCAUCCUCUUACAUGGAAUGCAGGAAUUACAUCACCAUGUGGUAGAGGCCGAGGGCGUGGAAACAAGAGCAGUGAUAGGCAGUUAGCCAUUCGAGCAUCCGGUGGAUCAUCUGCAUCAGAGGCUCAGCCCGAAACAGUGUGUGCACCAGCACAUGUAAUGCAAGCUACAACCACCAAUUUCACACCGGGUACUGUAGUUCCAGCUGCUUGGUGUGAUAUAUGCCGAGUGGGGUGUAAUAGCAAGGAAAUCCUUGAGCAGCACAAAAAUGGAAAGAAGCAUAAACGGACUGUGCAGAGAAUGCAAGAUAUGGCUCGCCUGCAAGGUAUGACUCCUGCUAUAGCUGACACGGGUGCUCCUUCAUCAACAUCUUCUCAGUUGGCUCAAGUGGAAGGCCCCUCUACUGCAGUACAUAUGGUCCCACCUCUUGGUUCAACCAGCAUUGGUGGGGAGCACAGAGACUUGGCUCCUGAAAAUGUUGUAGCUUCAGUUUCUGGAGGGCAAAUUACUGAGGUGACAGGCAGUUCUUCCAAGCAAAACACAACACAUCAUACAGCAGAAGAUGGUCACAGUGUUGAAGCACAGGUAGAACUGCAUGUUGCUGUUCAAGCUUAUCAGCCUUCAAAUGAGAUGAAAGAUGGCGGUGAAGCACCACCAAAUGCAAUAGGUCCAUCAAAUGUGCAACUGGUGGUAGCAAGGAUGGAUGUCAACGGCAACAAGAAUGGCCCAAAGAGGAAACUGACAGGAGUUGGCCCAAAGAGGAAACUGACAGGAGUUGGCCGUGGUGGAAAGAAGCUGAGAGUGUCUCAAGCCCCGCGGCAAAGGCCUGAGCGAGUAAGGGAGCAACCGCUAGUCUGCACCAUUUGCAAUGUGACUUGUGAUACAAGAGCUGUAUUUGACAUCCAUCUGGGUGGCAAAAAGCAUCAAUCACGACUCAAGCGUUGCCCAGACAUGUUGUUCGGUCCUUUGGUUGUGCAUAUUCCUCCAAACCGGGACAACCUGUACAAGUUUAUGUUUCGGAUGAAAGAUGUAUCAGGUGCUUUCAGAAUGCAUGAUGGUGGUGAAAUUGAUGUUCGUGCUUCCUACAACGCUAUAUCGGUUGCCAGCCUUGUGAAUAUUCUUGAUGUUGAACUGGCAAAAGGCGUUGGUGACUUCAUAGCAAGUUGUCAAACUUAUGAAGGUGGUAUUGCUGGGGAGCCUUAUGCUGAAGCACACGGUGGGUAUGUUUCUGAGGAUUUCUGUAAAGUUCCAAAUUUAUAUGUUAAGAACAUUAACAAAAGUUGCUUUCAUAAGGUCCUUUGUGUAUCAGACCAUGAUGUGUUUGACGCCUUCAAGACAUUCCAUAACAUUGAAGUAAACUAUAAGUUAAUACACUAUCUUUGCAAACCUUAUUUGAAGUCAAAGAUGGACAAUCUUGGAGCAUACUGA